GUCUGAUUCUCGAGGCCAAACUCAAAACCAGAAGCUGAUGAGAACUUCAGUCCGGUAGAAGAAUUUUCAAAGGCAAACGUUCACCUCUGGGAGAGUUCAGCUGGAGCUGAAAUGGCGACGCCCAAGCUGUCCCCUUUCUCGCCGGUUCGGCCGGACGACAAGCCGUGCGCGCCCUCACCGUCGUCGGUUGUUCUGUGGGUGCAGGACGCUUCGGCGGCGGAGGCGUACGAGCAGUACCUGCGCCUGCCGGAGCUGUCGAGGCUGUGGAAGGCCGGGUGCUUCCCGGAAUGGGCGGGCGAGGGCCUGGUCAAGCCGGCACUGCAGGCGCUGGAGAUCACCUUCCGCUUCGCGUCCGUCGCGCUCUCGGACCCGCGCGGGUACGCGAGCCGCCGCGAGCUCGCGCGCCGGCUGGAGGCGCUCGCGGCGCGGGAGGUGGAGCUUGUGGCCGCGCUCUGCGAGGGCGACCGGUGCGCGCCACUCGCUGAGCUGAGCGCCUCCGGGGGCGUGCUCCCGCGGGAGCGCAGCGCGUCGGAGGUGUGGCAACUGCCCGGGUGCGCCGCCGCGGUGGUGUGCCACGUCAGCGAGGCCAGCCUGCUCCCGCGCCUCGCCGCGUGGGACAAAUCCGAGACGCUCGCGGCCAAGAUCAUGUACGCCAUCGAGAGCCAGAUGCAGGGGUGCGCGUUUACCCUCGGCCUCGGCGAGCCCAACCUCGCCGGCAAGCCGGUGCUCGAGUACGACCGUGUCGUGCGGCCGCACGAGCUGCACGCCCUCAAGCCGAAGGUCGCGCUGGAGCUCAAGUCCGGCUACCGCAACCGGGAGAACGAGGCGCUGUUCACCAUCCUCCAGAUACUCGAAUCAUGGCUGCGUGUCGCCAGCCAACUCCUCACCCGCCUGAACGAACGGAUCGAAGCAAAGAACUGGGAGGCGGCGGCGAGCGAAUGCUGGGUCCUGGAGCGCGUCUGGAAGCUGCUCGCCGACGUCGAGGACCUCCACCUGCUGAUGGACCCGGACGACUUCCUACGGCUCAAGAGCCAGCUCGCGAUACGGGCGGCGCCGGGCUCCGACGCGUCGUUCUGUUUCUUGUCCCGGGCGCUUCUGCACGUCGCCAACGCCACGAGGGACCUCAAGAAGCUGGUGCCCUGGGUUCUCGGCGUCGAGGUCGACCCCAACGGCGGCCCGCGGGUGCAGGAGGCGGCCAUGAGGCUGUACCACAGCCGGAGGCGCGGCGAGGGCGAGGAGGCCGGCAAGGUGGAGCUGCUCCAGGCCUUCCAGGCCGUGGAGGCGGCCGUGAGGAGGUUCUUCUUCGCGUACCGGCAGCUGCUGGCGUCGGUGAUGGGUACGGCGGAGGCGUCAGGCAACCGGGCGCUGUUUGUGCCGGCGGAUGGGAUGGACCCCCUCGCGCAGAUGUUUCUCGAACCGCCGUACUUCCCCAGCCUCGACGCCGCCAAGACGUUCUUGGCGGACUACUGGGUCCAGCAAUCCCGGCGAAGUUGAAAACGGCGAAAUGGCGCGGAUGGAUUGCGCAGGACUCGCAGUUUUGGAGGUCUGAAGAUAUGUUGCAUUGUAACUUCAGUGACAUAGGGUGAUUCAUUUCUGCAGCGGUCAUGUGCUGCUGCUACUACUACAAGCAGUAGAUAUUCUUGUGUGGAUCGGGAUGUGUUCUGUUCUACUGGGAGUUUGGCUCGAUUAGAUGUACUAGGCAAGUAUUUCAAUUGGAAACCAUGUAUAUACUGCAACUGUAAAAUUGCA